AUGGCGGCGGAGGACGACGACACCUUCGGCAACUUUACUUUCGCAUCCUUCCCUCCAAAUCCUCCUCCUACCGCCACCUUCCAUUCUCAUCAUUUAGCACAAUCCAAUGGCAUUAAUUCGUCCCCCGACGAUGAUGAAUGGGGCGAUUUCGUCGAAUUCCCGUCGCAAUUCUCCUCCAUCCAAUCAGAACCCUCCAAGUCUUAUGAUUCGUUCGAGGUCGCUGCUAAUCAAUCAGGCGAUACCAAACUGGUGUCACCGACUCGGUGGGUAAAACCGAGUGGCGCAUUGCCACUUUCCUUAUUUGGGGAUGCAGAGGAGGAAGAGCAUGGGGCUGGGGUUGAUCUCAAUUCCAAUUUUGGUAGUAAUGGAUCGGAUUUGAAAAGUGUUGGUAAUACUAAUAUUUUUGGGGUUAAUGACAUUAUUGCCAAUCUGUAUAAUCAAACCCCGCAGGUCAAGUAUGAAAAUGGAUCUGGUACGAGUUCCAGCCCCAGAGUUGAUUCCAAUGCGAAUGACUUGAUUUUGGAUAAUAAGAGUCAGGAGGUGAAGGUUGAAAAUGGAUUAUAUUCCAGCUCGAAAUUGAAUGCUGUAAGUUCGGGAUUUAGUGAGUGGAACCUGGAUCUUAGAGGGAUGAAUUUAAAUUCUAAUGUCAAUGGUACGAAGAGUUUCAGUGAUCAGAGGCAUGAAAAUGGAUCUGGUACGAAUUCCAGCACCAGGGUUGAUUCCAAUGCAAAAGAUCUGGUUUUGGAUGAUAAGAAGGUUGAAAAUGGAGUUCAUUCCAGCUCGAAUUUGAAUGAUGUAAGUUCGGGUUUUAGUGAGUGGAAUAUGGAAUUUAACGGGAUGAAUUUGAAUUCUAAUGUAGAUGGUACUAAAAGUUCAAGUGAUCAGAGUCUUGAAAAUGGAUCUGAUACAAAUUCCAGCUCUAGGGUUGAUUCGAAUGUGAAUGAUUUGGUUUUGGAUGGAAAGAGUAGGGACGUGAAGGUUGAAAAUGAAUUUGAUUCCUGCUCGAAAUCGAAUGCUGUAAGUUCAGGAUUUAUUGAGUGGGAUAUGGAUUUUAACCAGAUGAAUUUGAAUUCUAAUGCCAAUGGUAUGAAAAGUUUAAGUGAUCAGAGUCAGCAGAUAAAGAGUGAGAACAGUGGGUUGAGUAUUAAGUUGAAUGGAUCAUAUCCAUAUCAAGAUGGCUCAAGCUCGCAUCUUUUUGGUGGAUGGACUUUGGAAUUGAAUAAGUUCAGCUCCAGUGCAAACACAUUAAAUGCAAAUGUGAAUACAUUGAGUUCAAAUUUAGAUAUGAACGAAAAGGAAUUAGAUGGCGCUACAUGUGAUGACGACAAGGAUGAUGACGAAGAUGAAGGAUGGGAAUUUAAGGAUGCGUAUUCAGAAUGGAGGCCUGGAGAUGUGAAUAAUAUGGUUGACACCGAGGAGCAUGUCUUUUCUGACAAAAAUGCAUACUCAUCUGGGAUUGGCAAUGGAUCAAUUGAUUUGUUUGGCACUGCAAAUCAGUCUAUUGAUUUGUUUUCCGCUUCAACUGAAGUUGAUUUAGUUUCCACCUCCAGUGAUUUUCAUAGUAGUUCCCAGGAAGUGAACUUAUUUGAUAUUCAGUCAAGUAUAGCAGCUCCAAUCAGUUUUAUUUCAGAUACAAACUUAAACAUUGAACGGACAGAUAUUAAAGAUGGGUUGAACCCUAAUUCGGAUGUUGGAUAUGCUGAAUCUGAUGAUGGUUUUGGGGAAUUUACCACUGCAUUCUCAGAAAGUGAACCAAAGCCAAGAGAAGCAUUGGAUGAUGAUAUGCUUUCUCCCUCUAAAGAAGCAGCAUUGAUGCCGGAUGGCAAAGUUCAGGGGAAGGAGACUAGGUCAAAUAAUCAUAAAGGUGCACUGCCCCUAUCUAUCUUCGGCGAUGAAGAGCCAGAAACUAAUGGUCAUGUUGAUGUUCAAGAUGCUUUUAUGCAUCAGCCCACUUCUUAUCAAAGAAAUGGUCAUACUUCCAACUCAGUUAUUUCUAUCAAUGAUCUUAUAUCCAAUUUAUACAGCCAAACCAAGCAAGCUUCUUCUGUGGACACCGUGCAAAAACCAAUUGAAAUCAAGUUGAGCCCAUCUGAUGCAGUGUCCAAUUCAGAUGUAGUGCAUAAUGAUAGUGGUGAUUUUGAUGAUAAUACAUGGGAAUUUAUGGAUGCCUCAUCUGGAAAGAGAAACAACGAUGAGGCCUCUCUUUUUAGUGUUGAAGGUGAUCAUUUGAUCAGCUCUUCCAAGCUGCAGCUGAAUAAUUUUGUAGAUUAUUAUUCUAGAUUAAUGGAUGAGUUGUGCUUUAUUGCUGAAGUUCAUAUUGAGAGACUAAAGAAUGCUCAAAGUACUGCUGCUCUUUUAGGCGAAUUUGCAAAAGUGGCAGCUCUUGAUAAUGAAAUCCUGGAGGCUUCCAAGGAACUUGAUCAAAUGAAUGUUAUAUUUAAAGAAGACGAUUCACUGGAUCAUCCUUCAGGAGAAAGUUAUCUCAAGGAAUUUAUUGAAAUUCUAUUGGAGCCAAAGUUUCUAGUACUUGAAUCAGAAUAUCACUUAUCAGAAAAAUUGUUACUAGCGGAGCAGGAUCUUAGAUUAGCCAUAGAACUUAUAAAACAUACAACAACAAUGAUUAAGAUAUUGAAGUUAGGAACAUUGGACGAACAACAAAUGUAUGUUACCACAUGGUCCAAGAUGAUCUCUGUUUGCAGUCAAGAGUUGGAGCAUGGUUCCUUAAUUUGGAAGCAGGCAAUCGAGAAGAAAAUUCAAAGUCAGAUACUAUCUGAAACUCAAGGAAGGGAGUUUAUAUUAGCCCUCGGAGAGAUUUACAGGGUUGUAGUGAUACUUGAAGCUUCGGCCAAAAUUUUCAAGCCUUGGACCAUAUCCUGUUGGUCAAGCAUCCAAAUUCUUCUAGAGGAAUGUCAUACUCUAUGGUCAACUUCAGGAUUUGAAGAAGCUCUUAUGAGUGUUUCAGAAACGUCUUCAUCUGAUGAUGCAUCACUGAUGAAGUCCAUUAAGUACAUAAGUGGUCUUGAUGCAUUUGCUCUUCAAAACUGUGUUUUCACACAACAUGAAUCUUUAUGCCGGCUAUCAAUUUUAUCUGUUGGAGCAGUACCAGGCAUGAAGAUGAUAAUGUGGGAAGAUGAACAGUACUUUGUGACACUAGCGAAUUUGUGGGCAAAUAUUGUAAGCAAUAAUCCUCCUGAAUUGCCGCAUUUGCACAUUGGUCGAUGA